UCUUUUUACUCACUGCAGAUGAAUCAGAUGUUUUCUGAUGUUGAAAACAAUAAAUAGAUGCUUUCAUUGGUCAGAGUUGGCUUUUGCACAUCAAUAAUUUGUUAAUUUGAUCAUCCCAUUUUUCCGAGCUAAGCCCUAGAUCCUUUAUCAAGCAUCUAUCUUCAAUCUGUGGAUGGUCUACCACUUAGAUGUGGAACUGAUUAUAAUUUAGGAAUGGAAAAUCUUGGUCUGAAACUGUCCCCUCCAGUCACGUGAAAUUUAUAAGGAGGCCAGCUUGUGUCUGAAGGGGCUCUAGAUGGAUACAGCUGACCAAAGAAAAGGCAAGUAUGCUCCUACCAGGGAUACAGAGAACCCACUGUUGGGAAAAUUUGACAAGCCGCUUCCAUGUUUUGGCUGUGGAAUUGGAUGGUUCUCUCUUCUGCUAGGAUUUGUUUGCCCGCCGAUGUGGUAUUAUGCUACAAUUCUCUAUUUCGGAAAUUACUAUCAUAAGGAUCCGAGAGAGCGGGCUGGGCUUGCUGCUUCUGCAAUUGCUGCUCUAGUUUUCACAAUUGCUGCGGUGGUAACAGUAGCUGUUAUUUUCUUGUAAUUUUACUUUCUACUAGCCCAUGUCUAGCUAAGGAGACAAAAAAAAAAAAAUCACUUCUAAUAUCAGCCCCUACACGAAGAAGGCAAGCCUGAUGCACCCACAGACCACGGUAGAUCAAGCUCUUAUGAUCACUUUUGAUCAUCAAGAAAAAUAGGUACCAAAGCACCAAAGGUGGUACAAAGCUAGUUCCAUUCCAUUAUGUGGAUGUAGAGCUGCUUUUGUUUCCCUUCUUGGAGUUGUGUAUAGAAAAGGAUGACGUAACUCGGAUUUUAUCCAAAAUGAUGGCUCAGUUAACUUAUUUUGGUGUGUAUGUGUCUUGGUGUUGGUAACUAGUUACUAUCAUUAAUUUAUUAGAAAAAAAAAGUGAAAAUAUACUGCUGCUGGUGUUUGAUCAUAUGAAAGCCUGGUUUUAUGUGCUGUUCUCCACUUGGAUCCAGGGUGAAGGUGGUGGUAUCUGGUGCAUGAGGAAGACACCUAAAUGGAAAGUUGAUCUCCUUUAGAACAACCCUCAUAUUGUUCACGUUCAAGUAGAAGUUGCAUUUUUGCUAAGUACUUCAAAAUGAGAAAUAUUCAAGAGUCAAAACAGGUGUAAAGUACUUGAUGUGUCAACGCUUGGUCAUGAAUAUUUGCAGUUGCUAUCUAACCUUUUAAUUGCAAUUGCAUUUCAGCUAUUUGUGAUUCA